AUGGACGGGCCCAACCAUAACCCUCUAGUUUCCGACAGUGUCUUGAUUUCGCGCAUGCGAUCCUUUGUCACGAACCAGAUGCAGCACUACGACCCUUCUCACAACCCGGCGCAUAUCACCCGCGUUGUCCGCCUCGCCCACCGCCUCCUCGCCGCCGAGCGCGCUCGCGGUUCGCGGAUCGUAUACAAUGACUCACUCGUCACCCUUGCCGCCCUCCUUCACGAUAUCGGAGACAGGAAAUACCUAACACCGGGCAGUACACAAGACCCCACCACGAUAGUCCGUGAUACCAUCAUCCGCAGCGGCGGCGAGCCGUCGUUUGCUCAAAAGGUUCAGACCAUAGUUUCAAACGUCUCCUACAGUACGGAGGUCAAGGACCCCAGCGUUGCCAGGCGUCUCAUCGCGGAGGAAGGGUUCCCAGAACUAGCUAUUGUGCAGGACGCAGACCGUCUAGAUGCAAUAGGCGCGGUGGGCAUCGGGCGGUGUUUUACCUAUCUGGGUGCUAAAGGGCCGCGGCAGGGGAUUGGCGGACCUCUGCCUUGGGAACUCGACGAGGCAGUGGACCAUUUUAGCGAGAAACUGUUAAAGCUGGAAGCGAUAAUGAAAACGGACUCUGGUCGUGAUAUGGCCCGGAAGAGGACGUUAAGAAUUCAGGAGUUUAUGCACUGGUGGCAGGACGAAAUGGGUGAUGUCAGCAAUGAAAGCGCGCAUCGCAAUUAA